AAGACUAAACACCACUUGCUAUAUAUUCCUUUUCUCUGGCUGCUAGAUUUUCAUUAUAGCUAAUCAGUAAUCACUAUUGAAAAAUGGGAUCUCAAGGUACCAAUUUGGAUUCAAUCAUUCAUGUCUUUCUAAUGUCAUUUCCUGGUCAAGGACAUGUCAAUCCAUUGCUCCGACUUGGCAAACGCCUCGCCUCGAAUGGUGUCUUAGUUAGCUUUUGCGCACCUGAAUGUGUUGGCAAGGAUAUAAGAGCAGCCAACAACAACAUAAUUAGUGAUGAGCCAACUCCUUAUGGAGAUGGUUUCAUUAGAUUCGAGUUCUUCGAUGGUUGGGAAUACACUCAGCCUAAAGAGAAUUGCCAGCUCGAGAUAGAGAUGGCGAAUCUCGAAGCUGUAGGGAGACAAGUGCUCCCUGCAAUGCUAAAAGAAAACGAAGUGAAAGGGCGUCCUGUUUCAUGUCUAAUCAACAAUCCAUUUAUUCCAUGGGUAUGUGAUGUGGCUGAUAGCCUUGGUAUACCUUGUGCUGUCCUUUGGGUCCAAUCUUGUGCUAGUUUCUCUGCUUAUUAUCACUAUCAUUUCAAUCUUACACCUUUCCCAAAUGAAUCAAAUCCAAAAAUUGAUGUUCAUUUGCCUAACAUGCCAAUUCUCAAGUGGGAUGAACUUCCUAGCUUCUUGCUACCAUCAAAUCCAUUUCCUGUCUUAGCAAAUGCCAUUUUGAGACAAUUCAGUUACCUCUCUAAACCUAUUCGGAUUUUCAUCGAAUCAUUCGAUGAGCUCGAAAAAGAAGUGGUGGACUACAUGUCCAAUUUUUUACCCAUCAAGACCGUCGGUCCACUACUAGUCGAUGAUCCAAAAAUCGAGGAAGAUGUUCGUGCUGACCUGGUGAAGGCUGAUAGCUCAAUCACUAAAUGGCUCAAUUCCAAGCCACCAUCCUCUGUUGUAUACAUUUCUUUCGGAAGUAUUGUUGUUCCGAAUCAAGAACAAGUUGAUGAAAUCGCCUAUGGCUUAUUGAAUUCGGGGCUAAAUUUCUUGUGGAUCAUGAAGCCACCCCGAAAAAACUCGUCCUUCCCCAUCGUAGUCUUGCCACAAGGCUAUUUGGAAAAAGUUGGGGAUAAAGGAAAAGUUGUGGAAUGGUGUUUGCAAGAACAAGUUUUAGCACAUCCGUCUUUAGCCUGUUUCCUGACUCACUGUGGAUGGAAUUCAUCGAUGGAGGUCAUCGCAAACGGAGUCCCCAUCGUGGCAUUUCCACAAUGGGGCGAUCAAGUAACGGAUGCUAAGUACUUAGUGGAUGAAUUCAAAAUAGGAGUAAGACUUUCCAGAGGUGUGACAGAGAAUAGGGUUGUUCCUCGGGACGAAGUUGAACAGUCUUUGCGUGAUGUCACGAGUGGUCCUAAGGCGGCGGAGAUGAAAGGGAACGCGUUGAAUUGGAAGAAGAAAGCGGCCGAAGCAGUGGCGGAAGGUGGUUCAUCCGAUCAGAAUUUGAAGUCCUUUGUUGAUGAGCUUAGGACACUACAAAGUAGUAACCAAAAGUACUUGGCCAAAUUAGCACCUUUAUCCCAUUAGUGUCACCUUUUUUAUGGUUGCUUCUAAAUUGGUUCAAUUAUUGAGUACCCCUCCUAUAUAUAUGUAAUGAGGCCCUUAGCGCAUGUUUGUUAUAAUAAUAAAAAUAAAGGUCGGGUUUAAGUUUA